UUUAGAACCACAAGACAAACCCUUCAUUUAUUCACUCUCCCCUCUCUCUCUCUCUCUCUCUCUCUCUCCCCCUCCUCACAACCAUGAGGUCCCUCAACACAGAGCACCACCACAACCAGAACCCAUCAGCGGCAGAAUCCGGCGAUAAAUCCGCCGUAUUUUCCGCCGGAAAACUGGUGGACGAUGACGGGAGGGAGAAGAGGACGGGGACGUGGUUAACGGCGAGCGCGCACAUAAUAACGGCGGUGAUAGGGUCGGGAGUGUUGUCGUUGGCAUGGGCGAUUGCGCAGCUGGGAUGGGUGGCAGGUCCCGUAAUUUUGAUGAUCUUCAGCGUUAUAACUUAUUUCACAUCCACCAUGCUCGCCGACUGUUACCGCUCUCCCGAUCCGGUCACCGGUAAACGCAACUACACUUACAUGGAAGUUGUCCGGUCUUAUCUCGGUGGUAGAAAAGUGCAGUUAUGUGGGAUGGCACAAUACGGGAAUCUGAUAGGCAUCACAAUUGGUUACACCAUCACUGCCUCCAUCAGCUUAGUGGCGAUCCAAAGAUCCAACUGUUACCACGACAAGGGACACAAGGCAGAUUGUUCCACGUCGCACUAUCCGUACAUGGCGGUGUUCGGCUGCAUUCAGAUUCUUCUGAGCCAAAUCCCUAAUUUCCAUAAACUCUCUUUCCUGUCGAUCCUCGCCGCUAUCAUGUCGUUCGCUUACGCAUCUAUCGGCGUCGGUCUGUCCAUCGCUGCCGUCGCAGGUGGGCAAACCGGGAAGACGAGCUUGACGGGAGUGCAAGUCGGGGAGGGGAUAACGGCGUCGGAAAAGGUCUGGAAAACGUUUCAGGCGGUCGGAGAUAUCGCGUUCGCCUACGCUUUCUCGACCGUUCUCAUCGAGAUUCAGGACACACUAAGAUCAAGUCCAGCGGAGAACAAGGCAAUGAAGAGGGCGAGCCUUGUCGGAGUGUCGACCACGACUCUGUUCUACGUCUUGUGUGGCUGCGUGGGUUAUGCCGCUUUCGGAAACGAAGCUCCAGGGGACUUCCUUACCGAUUUCGGGUUUUAUGAACCGUUUUGGCUCAUCGACUUCGCCAACGCCUGCAUAGCCUUCCACCUGAUCGGGGCUUAUCAGGUGUUCUGCCAACCGAUUUUCAGCUUCGUGGAGAAAAAAUGUGGCAGGAAAUGGCCCGAAAGCAAGUUCAUCACGGCGGAACACGGGCUAAACGUACCGUUGCUCGGCAAAUUCCACAUCAACUUCUUUAGACUGGUGUGGAGGACGGCGUACGUGAUCGUCACAACGAUCUUGGCGAUGAUAUUUCCCUUCUUCAAUGCAAUCUUGGGUCUGAUCGGGGCAGCCUCGUUCUGGCCAUUGACGGUUUACUUCCCGAUCGAAAUGCACAUCGCUCAAUCGAAGAUCAAGAAAUUCUCGUUCCGAUGGACAUGGCUGAAGAUCCUCAACUGGCUCUGCUUCGUCGUGUCUAUCGUUGCGGCGGUAGGAUCUAUCCAGGGACUGAUACAGAGUGUCCGGACUUACAAGCCUUUCCGACCGAUCCAUGAAUGAUUUGUUAAACCUCUAUCUCUUCUUCGUGAGAGUUUUAGGAGAAAAUCCUCAUUCGAGAAAACAUAUAACAGUUUGUGUUUUUCAAAUAAGAUACUGUACUCAACAUUUUAUAUGCAGGUUUCUGUUAUUCC